AGCGCUUGGAUCCACCCGGCAGCCGCGGGUGAGUGGUCGUCCGGCAAGUGAGCGAUUUGGUGAACAGACACCUCCUUCUGUAACCAUGGAUUGUUACAGAACUUCACCAAGCAAUUCCUGGAUUUACCCCACUGUGAUCCUCUGCAUAUUUGGUUUUUUCUCCAUGAUGAGACCCUCAGAACCAUUCCUUAUCCCAUAUUUAUCUGAACCAGAUAAAAACCUGUCCAGUGCAGAGAUAACAAAUGAGAUAUUCCCUGUUUGGACAUACUCCUACCUGGUGCUGCUGCUGCCUGUGUUUGUCCUCACCGAUUACGUCCGCUACAAGCCGGUCAUCAUCUUGCAAGGUAUCAGUUUCAUCAUUACCUGGCUGCUGCUCUUGUUUGGCCAAGGAGUGAAGACCAUGCAGGUUGUAGAGUUCUUCUACGGGAUGGUGACCGCCACCGAGGUGGCCUACUACGCCUACAUAUACAGCGUGGUCAGCCCCGAACACUACCAGAGAGUGAGUGGCUACUGCAGGAGCGUCACGCUGGUCGCCUACACAGCAGGGUCCGUGCUGGCCCAACUCUUGGUAUCCCUGGCGAACCUGUCAUACUUUUACCUCAACGUCAUAUCCUUGGCCUCUGUCUCCAUAGCCUUCCUUUUCUCACUUUUCCUACCAAUGCCCAAGAAAAGCAUGUUUUUUCAUGCAAAACCCAGCAGAGAAAUAAAGAAGUCAUCGAGUGUGAAUCCAGUAUUAGAGGAAACUCACGAAGGUGAAGCGCCAGACUGUGAAAAGCAGAAACCCACAUCAGAAAUACCCAGCACUUCAGGGAAGCUGAAUAAGGGCCAGCUGAACAGCCUGAAACCCAGGAAUGUGACUGUGGAAGUUUUUGUGCAGUGGUUCCAAGAUCUGAAGGAGUGCUACUCCUCAAAACGUCUUUUCUACUGGUCUCUCUGGUGGGCUUUUGCCACAGCAGGUUUUAACCAGAUUUUGAACUAUGUUCAAAUCCUGUGGGAUUACAAGGCACCUUCCCAAGAUUCUUCCAUCUAUAAUGGGGCUGUAGAAGCUACUGCAACCUUUGGAGGGGCUGUGGCUGCCUUUGCAGUGGGUUAUGUGAAAGUCAACUGGGACCUUCUGGGAGAGCUGGCUCUGGCGGUCUUCUCAGUUGUCAAUGCAGGUUCUCUAUUUCUCAUGCAUUACACAGCCAACAUCUGGGCGUGCUAUGCUGGCUAUUUGAUAUUCAAGUCCAGCUAUAUGCUUCUUAUAACCAUAGCAGUAUUUCAGAUUGCAGUUAAUCUGAGUGUGGAACGCUAUGCCCUGGUAUUUGGAAUCAACACCUUUAUUGCCUUGGUGAUUCAGACCAUCAUAACUGUGAUUGUAGUAGAUCAGAGAGGGCUCAACUUGCCAAUCAGCAUUCAGUUUUUAGUUUAUGGGAGCUAUUUUGCAGUAAUUGCUGGAAUUUUCCUAAUGAGAAGCAUGUAUAUUAUCUACUCAACCAAAUCCCAGAAGGAUGUACAGAGCCCUGCUCCAAGCGAGAAUCCAGAUAUGUCUCACCCAGAGGAAGAGAGUAAUGUCAUCUUGUCAACAAAACUCUAACCUCAUUGCAAUAAUUGCAGCAGUGGCUUUUAAAGCUAUGCAAUAAUAAGGAAGGAUUUUAAGAUGGGUGGCAUAUGUUUUGCCAUAACUUGACAUGCUUUUUGCAAAUCGGGAUUCCAAUGGACCUUUCAAAACCACAAUGAAACCUCAGCUUUAGACGAGUUCUCUAUCUGCCCAAUUUUACUGGAUGCAAUUGACAGAACCCAUCGUCAUAAUUAAACAACCCAUAUUGGGGACCCCCCUGUGACCAGUAGCAGCUGGAAAAUUCUGGUUUUUCUCACUUGUACGGACAUGCAGAUGGUGUGGAACCAAACCAUGAGAAAACUCCAGCCAUCCUGGAGUUGGCAUUCACCAUUUGUGGGGAGAAACACUAACUGGACGGACCCUAUUCCUUGGCUUAAAUACUUGUUGAUCUUACCAAAGAAGUCAACGCAUGGGACCUUUUUGUCACACGAGCCAUUUUCUUUCUUCUUCUAAUAAGUGUAUUUCUGUUUAAGUUACAGUUCUCCAAGAGAAUUACAAGGUUUAUCCCAUUUCUAAGGGCUUGUCUUCAACUCUGAUAACAGCAUUAUUCACAAGUUAUGAUUUGAUAGUAUUAUUAUUUAAUUUUUUAUGAUUAUUUUCCAUGUUGUGCCCUGAGUUUUGCUGUUGAAAGUCUACCUCAAGAAUAGCUCCAGACCCUCUUGUGUAUUUGCAGAAUGACACUCAGGUCAUUUCCCAGUGGCCUGGGAGAGGCAGGGAGCCUUCUCUCCACUACCAUAUAGAGGUGUUAAUGCAUCUAUGGGCCAGGUGCAGUGGCUCACUCCUGUAAUCCCAGCAAUUUGGGAGGCCAAGGUGGGAAUUUUGCUUGAGGCCAGAGGUUCAAGACCAGCCUGGGCAACACAGUGAGACCUGACUCUACUAAAAAAUUAAAAAAUUAGCUGGGCAGCAUGGUGUGUGCCUGUAGUCUCAGCUACUUGGGAGGUCAUGGGGGGAGGAUGGGUUGAGCACAGGAGUCAGAGGCCGCAGUGAGCUAUAAUUGCACCACUGCACUCCAGCCUGGGCAACAGAGUAAGACUCUCAUCCCCCUCUCCCAAAAAACAGCACCUGUGUGAUGUCUGUCUAAAAUAGGAACACUUAAAGGAGGUUUCUAGAAGUAUUAGAAAUAAGAAAACACUGAUGGAGGGAGUGGAAUGAAAUACCUGUUUUUUGUUUGUUUGUUCGUUUGUUUGUUUUGAGACAGAGUCUCGCUCUCUCACCCAGCCUGGAAUGCAGUGGCGUGAUCUUGGCUCACUGCAAACUCCGCCUCCUGGGUUCAAGCCAUUCUCCUGCCUCAGGCUCCUGAAUAGGUGGGACUAUGGGUGUGCACCACCAUGCCUGGUUAAUUUUUAUAUUUUUAGUAGAGAUGGGGUUUCACCAUAUUGGCCAGGCUGGUCUCAAAUUCUUGACUUCAGGUGAUCUGCCUGCCUCGGCCUCCCAAAGAGCUGAGAUUACAGAUGUGAACCAUCAUGCCGACCAAAACACCUAAUUUUUAAAUGGCAGCAAUUGUGCUACAUAAAAUGUGUCAACAUUUUAAAGAGUUUUUAACAUUUUUUUGAUGAAUUCUGCUGAAAAUAUCUGAACAUACCUGUUUUUCGAAACUUCAAGAAGGGAUGCAUUGAGCAGUCUGACAGUGAAAAUAAAGAAUGCUGAGUCAAGAUUUAUAUCAGGGCUGGCAGCUGUGGCUCAUACCUGUCAUCCCAGCAAUUUGGGAGUCUGAGGUGAGAGGAUAAUUUGAGGGUCGGAGUAUGAGACCAUCUUGGCCAACAUAGCAAGACCCUGUCUCUAAAACAAAUCAAAAAAAUCUUUAAUUGCAUUUUAAUAUGGUUUGGAUCUGUGUCCCCACCAAAUCUCAUGUUGAAGUGUAAUCCCCAGUGUUAGAGGUGGGGCCAGCUGGCAGGUGACUGGAUCAUGGGAGUGAAUCCUUCAUGAAUGGUUUAGCACCAUCCCCUCAGUGCUGUUCUCAUGACAGCGAGUUAUCGCAAGAUCUGGUUGUUUAAAAGUAUGUAGCACCUUCUCGCUCUCUCUUUCUCCUGCUUUGGCCAUGUGAAGAUGCCUGCUCCCACUUUGCCUUCUGCCAUGAGUAAAAGCUCCCUGAGGACUCCUAGAAGCAGAUGCUGCCACACUUCCUAUAUAGCCUGUGAGCCAAUUAAACGCCUUUUCUUACAAA